AUGCCUGCUUCGAAUAUGACUGCCUUACAAGCUGUAGUUGAUGUUGAUACGGAGAGAAAAGAAUUAGAACAUCUUGCCGAGGAGCUUGCUGGAAAUGACGAUGAUGAGAGCCAAGAGAAACUUAUGGACAUCUACGAAAGGCUCGAUGACAUGGAUGCGUCAUUGGCCGAAAAAAGGGCUGCCGAAAUACUUCACGGGUUGGGUUUUACAAAAACCAUGCAAAUGAAGGCGUGCAAGGAUUUCUCUGGAGGUUGGCGGAUGCGUAUUGCAUUGGCUCGAGCUCUAUACUUGAAACCAUCACUGCUUCUUCUUGAUGAACCCACGAAUCAUUUGGAUCUCGAGGCUUGCGUCUGGCUGGAGGGCGAACUCAGCAAAUACAAGCGAACGUUGUUGAUUGUUUCACAUUCACAAGAUUUUAUGAAUGGUGUUUGUACAAAUAUUAUUCACCUUUUCCAAAAGAAGUUGGUCUAUUAUACGGGUAACUACGACCAGUUUGUUAAAACUCGCAUUGAACUUCUUGAAAACCAAAUGAAACGGUACAACUGGGAACAGGCUCAGCUGCAACACAUGAAGGUACAUCAUUUUAAGCUUGUGUCAUUCACUUACUUCGCAGGAAAUGUUUAGGA